ACGUUAUCUGCGUGUGACGUCACGGACGCGCGGGGAAAGGAAAGUGGCCGCCACGGAUUUCUUGUGGGACAAGCGCACGGGCCUGGCGGCGAAAACGAUGCCUCGCUUGAGGCGAUACCGUUCGUCAGACCGGGAGAGCCGGGACAGUCAUGACCGUUACCGGAGGAGCCGGAGAGGAAGGAGGCGGUGUCGGUGUCGGUCACGAUCCCGGUCGAGAAGCAGUGAUAGACGACACAGAAACCAAAGUUACCAUCUGAUGUCCAGAAGAAACAACUACUGCUUGCAUGCGACGUUUGACUACCGACGCUCGGAGGAUCGGGGGAUCAGCUACAGGAGUCGGAAGAGCAGCAGACGUAAGCACAAACGGCGACGGCACAGAAGCAGGUCAAAUAGUCCCUCGUCUUCGCGAAGCCGACACAACACCAGACGGCCUAAGAAUGCGGAAGAUGACAACGAGGGGCAUCUGAUCUAUCGAAACGGCGGCUGGCUCCAAGAACGAUGUACAAGCCUUAAUCAUGAAAUUACUAGCACGUUAGGUGAAGGGACCUUUGGCAAAGUGGUUCAGUGUAUCGACCAUCGAAGGGGUGGUUUGCGAGUGGCUCUCAAGAUAAUUAAGAAUGUGGAGAAAUACCGGGAAGCUGCAUGGUUGGAAAUCAAUGUCUUAGAGAAAAUCAAUGAGAAAGACCCGGAUAAUAAAUUUCAUUGCGUUCAGAUGUACGACUGGUUUGAUUACCACGGACAUAUUUGCAUAUCGUUUGAGCUACUUGGGCAGAGCACCUUCGAUUUUCUGAAGGAUAACAAUUACGUCCCCUACCCCAUUCAUCAGGUCAAACACAUGGCUUACCAGACCUGCCAUGCCGUGAACUUUUUACACAACAGCAAACUGACUCACACCGACCUGAAGCCGGAGAACAUUCUGUUUGUGAACUCCGACUACGAUAUCGUCUACAAUGUGGAAAAGAAGCGGGACGAGCGGGUCAUUAAGAACACGCCUACCAGGGUGGUGGACUUUGGCAGCGCCACCUUCGACCAUGAAUACCACAGCACCAUCGUCUCUACACGGCAUUACCGGGCACCAGAGGUUCUCCUAGAGCUCGGCUGGUCACAGCCGUGUGACGUGUGGAGCAUUGGUUGCAUCAUCUUUGAAUACUACCUGGGCUUCACUCUGUUCCAGACACGUGACAAUCGGGAACACCUGGCUAUGAUGGAGAGGAUUCUGGGUCCUGUUCCAGCGAGGAUGAUCCGAAAAACCAGGAAGAAGAAAUACUUCUAUCGUGGCCGUUUGGACUGGGAUGAAAACAGCUCGGCUGGACGUUAUGUGCGGGAGAACUGCAAACCAUUAAAGGUAAGGGUGAGGUGACUCUGAGCUUAACAGGGAAUCCGUACUCUGUGU